CUGUAAACUCGGGAGGGGAGGCGCCGCGCCGUGAAAACUCUCAGGAUUUACGCUCUGCCAUUUUGAGCUAAACCCUGCCGACACCGGAGUUCGGACGUGUCCAUCAAGCGGCGGUCAUGACCUGAUUUAAAGCACCACGACUCGCCGGGACUUUAUGGAAAAAGAUUUUGAACCGUUGUUCUUUGAACUCUCCAGCCAUGUGCUCCACUAACCAUUCAAACUGGGUCACCUUUGACGAUGACGUCAUACCAGUCUCAUCGCCUCAGAAGCCCCUGCAGUCAGCCGAUCUUAUCAAAGCAUCAGUACCACGUCCCAAUGGUCUGAAGUUGGUGCUUCCUCCAAUCAAAGACACUUCCUGGAGUUUCAGUACUUCCCUGGAAUCUCCUCAAAGCCAGUCAGAUUCCAGUGGAAAGUCUUUUGGACCUUUUGACAGGGCUUUGAAUACUCCUGUGACUAGAGUCUCCACGAGCACCACCCCAUUUCACUCCCCAUCGUCGGAAAAUAAUGUUUUCCUCCGGAGUUUCUCCAGCCCAUCAGGGGUCUCUGUGCCUUCACUUGUACCAGAGACCCUGAGUCAAACUGUAGAUGGACCAAGCCCUUUCCCUGCUUUCAAGGGAAAAUCUGGACACUUCAACCCCUUCUGGGAUGAUUCCAGACAAAGUGCAGACGUGGGCAGUACUUCCUCAGACUCGGACACAGACAACAGCCUACCACGAUUCUUUAUUCGGACCAAAGAUGGCAGUACGCCUCCACACGACCAACCUCAUAACCCUUUUUCUUUUGUUUGCAAUAAACUGGAAGACCUACAAGUAGGAAAGGAGGACAAUACGGAUAGGCUGAAGGGUGAGGAGAAGUUGAUAAGUGACGGUUCGGUUCAGUUUGUUCCCCGGGGUCUUUUCCGUAGCCAAAAGAGGGAUGGCUGGCCCGUCAUGCUCAGGAUUCCUGAAAAAAAGAACCGCAUGUCCUCCCGACAGUGGGGACCCAUCUAUCUUCGCCUGUUGCCCGGAGGUGUGCUGCAGAUGUUCUACGAGAAAGGGCUGGAGAAGCCGUACAAAGAGUUUCAGCUUCUCCCUCAGUGCAGGCUGUCAGAUCUUAAAGUGGAAAGCUACAGCGUGCCCAGAAAAGUUCUCACCGUCAAGGUAGAACUCUUCUCCUACACAGAGAAGAAGCGUUUUCACCCAAAGCCAGAGAUCAGCCAUGAGGCAGAGGUCGAGCAGCUGCUUAAGUUUGGCUCCACUGUGCAUGGGGACAUGGAGGACUUGGUUGUCUCCAUCGAGGAGGAGAUCUUCAAGCUCUGUGUGCCCCACCAGCAGAGGCGACAGUACGACGAGCAAGAGCUAUCGCUGCAGGUCACCGAUCACAUCUGGAUACAACUGGAUAAGUCGGGGGAAGUCAUGGAGAGAGCAGCUUUUACCCAGAUCCACUGUCUUUCUUUUCUGAAUGGACAAGGGGACUGUUUCCUUGCCCUGAAUGAUCUUGGUUUGCUGCAUUCUAACUCCAGCUACGGGUAUGAGGAGGACAGCGACCUCUGGAUGGAGAUCACUGACCACCAUUUUCACAAAUGCGUGAAUGAGACUGAGUUUCAGACGUCCCGACUCAUAAAGUUCUCUCCUCCUGAUGCGUGCAGGGUGGAGCUGAUGCGGUACAAAACAGCAGUCCUGGGCUGCACCGAAAUCCCCUUCUCAAUCAAAGCCAUGGUCACGGUCCAAGGAGCCUACGUGGAACUCCAAGCCUUCCUCAACAUGUCGACCACCUUCCUCUCCUCCCUCAGCACUUCUGACACCUCUUACCCACUGUGCGAAAGCAUAGUGAUCCGCGUUCCAGUUCCAGGCAAUUGGGUCAAGGUGACGCAGACUGUGGCCUUGCUGCGGCAAAGGUCGCUGAAGGCCCGAAUGAACAGAAACGCCUGCCUGGGCUCUGUCAGAGCCACGGAUACACAGCCCGUCAUGCAGGUGUCCAUCGGAUCUGUCAAGUACGAGAACGUUUAUUCAGCCAUUGUGUGGAGGAUCGAUAGACUCCCUGCCAAGAACACAGCAGUGGAUCAUCCCCAUUCAUUCUCUUGUAAACUGGAGCUGGGAUCUGAUCAGGAGAUCCCCAGUGACUGGUACCCUUUUGUCUCCAUGGAAUGUGAAAUCAUGGGCGCCGUCGUGUCACAGAGCAGGGUCAAGUCCCUCGGCACCGUGAACGACAUUCAGCCGCAGAAACACGUGACCAGCUGGACGCGCUAUCACUGUCAGGCCAAACUCUACCUGUCCAUCAUUGAUGAUGUGAUUGAAAGUAUGAAAGAGCUGUUUUUGGAUGAAGGCCUGGAGGAUCGAGUGCUGGACGAUUUAAGGCAUCUCUGGGAGUCAAAAAUGAUGCAGUCCAAAGCAAUGGAGGACUUCAGGAAGAACAACGUCAACUCCACCAACUUUGUUCUCAAGCUCCCUGCUAGCUAUACGCAGGCUGAUCGGAACCAGGACCUUGCAGCCCCUGUUAUGAUCCCCACAACUCAGAACAUCCAUAGCUUACCAGUGAAGAACAAUACCAAAACUCCAGCUACUUUUUCCCUCCCUGCUGCGCUGGCAUACCCUGUGCAGAUCCCUGCAGGAGUCACUCUACAGACAGCUUCUGGUCAACUUUACAAAGUCAAUGUGCCUGUUGUAGUUACUCAAGCUCCAGUGGGGCAGCAGCCUGCAUCCCAUCUUUCACAAAAAGUCCCAGAACGGAGCAAAGUGCCAGCAUCUCAGCCAGCAGCAAUUCCACCAAAUCCUGUCCUGCUUCAUGAGCCCGAGCCCUCAUCUGCUCCCUCUUCCUUCAUCACACAAACGAGGACCAGUCUAGCACUGAUUCAGGAGAACAGUCUUCCUCAUGAACCUCCAGGGGCAGAGGUCACACUGGGAGAAAAUGAGGCGAAUUCCCAACCUGAACCUUUAAACAUUGGCGUGACUGCCUCUCCCUGCCCUCAGUUUUUAGACUUCCAGAUCUCUACUGAGGAGGCUGCUUUUGCGCAGAAGACACACAGCAGAGACAUUGAUGAAAUUCUAAAAGAAGUCAUUGAGGAGGAGAGGGUGAAAGCUGAGAGGGCAAGAAAACUAGCUGGGAACGCUGGAAACCAUUCUGGCACUGAUCUUGGGCUGGACUUGGACUACGCCUACAGUGAGCUGUCGGACAUCGUUCAGCUGGAUGGUCCUGCAGACAACUCUGACCCAGAGGAGGAUGAGGAGGUUCCUCUAGAAGAGAACGACUUCCUGGGUUUAAUCAAUGCAGAAGCCAUCAGAGCUCUGCAGGAGGAAAACGGCAGUGACGGCAACAGCAUCUCCUCCAGCAGUGAUGACGGGGGAGCAGAUGAACUCUCUAAUGUAGAGGAGGACCCUCUUAAUUCUGGCGAUGAUGUUGUCGAACAGGACAUACCGGAUCUUUUUGACACGGACAACGUGAUUGUUUGCCAGUAUGACAAAAUUCACCGCAGCAAAAAUCGCUGGAAGUUUCAUCUGAAAGAUGGGGUGAUGAGUUAUGGUGGCAGGGACUAUGUGUUCUCCAAAGCUAUUGGGGAAGCAGAGUGGUAAUGAGUGUCCAACCUGCUGAGCAGAUCAUCAUAAUAAAGGGAAGCUAUGACUUGGAGGGAAGGGUGGACAGACCUCCUGAAACGGUGGAAUUCGGUUGAGCAGCAUGUUAGGCCUUUUCUGUUUCAAAUCAACGAUGCUCUUUUUGUCAUUAUUUAGCAAAACUGAAAGGGAAAACGUUGAAGUUACCUGCACUUUAUUUUGCUCCAGUUCACUGAGAGAAAUGUAAUGGAUUUUGUUGGCUAAUGAGAAUUUUAUUAAAACAUAGCCUUCUUUGUUUGGUA